UAAUAAAAUCGACGACAAUUAUUGCAAAUGAUUACCUCACCCAUUGUUAGUGUAAUUGCUUAUUAAUUGUGUAAUUUUUCAGUUUCUAAUGUAUUUGAAAUCAUGACACAUUACUGGUGGAUGCAUUGGUUUUGGAUAACAAGUUUUUAUGUUUUGACGACGGCAGUAACAGUUUCAACAAUACAUUCCACAAGCAAACAAAAAAAUACAAAUGAUACAUUCCGUGCCGCAAAGUCAAUUGAAAUUCAGACCACCACUGAUUCCACCACAACAUUGAAGCAUACAAACACCACGACAGCUGAAAUCAUCAAGCCUUCCUUAAAAAAAAUCGAUUUGGUUUUAAAAGUGAAUACCAGCAAAUCCUUUGAGAUUAAUCGAAAUAACAUGACUGUGAUAAAGGGGAAAAAUUUAACAGAAACAUGCGUUAACUUAACAGAUAAUCAAAUGCAGAUCAACGCGAGCAGUUUUAACACUGAUAAUUUAACUUAUGUGGACGAUUUUAGUAUUAAUGCCACACAAGUGUCAGCCUUGGAGACAAACGAGGUCGAAAAAGCUUCGCUCGAAGCCGAUUUGUCUGGCAAUUUGUCAGCUGCUGGGAUUACUGGUAUAACAUUAGGUUGUGUUGUUAUUGUUGGUCUUAUUUGUGGAGUUAGUUAUUUUUUGUAUCGUAAUCGAAGCUUUAAUAGACCUCAGGUACUUAAUGAUCGGUGUAGCAAUCCCGAUUCCAGCGGAUACAUCGAUGACGCUUCAGUAAGAGAUAAUUCCGAAGAAAUGUACAGUUUGGAUAACGAUUCCUUUUUGAAUAGUUUAGAAGCCAUGACCAUUCAAAACUACUGGACAGACACUGUGAAACAUACAAAGUUAUAAAGAAAAAAGACCGAAACCCUCUUAUUUUAUUUUUUUUGUGUAAAUAAUGACUUAUUUAAGUAUUUUAGAAUCUGUGAUGCAUAUCAAU